AUGGACAAUAUUCAGUUCGCUCUGCUGUGCGCACUGUCAGCUCUCGUCCUUGCGCUCGGUCGAGAAGCUUGGAAAUGGAGUAGACUUCAGCGCACCAUUCCCGUGCCUGCUCUUCCCGUCGGAUACCGAGCAUGGUCUUUGCCAGAUCCAGAGCCGGGUUUCGAGUUGAAAAUGGCCGAAGACUUGGCGCUCAGACCUUUCAGAUGGGGCAAGCACCGUCUGACCAUGGGAAUCAAACCUCUCAACCCUACGCAGUGGCUCUCGCUGCAUAAGAGCUACCCUGCAUACAUUCGGCUACGAGAAGCUCGGCACGCAGUGUAUGGCUCACGAUGCUACAAGAUACUGCCAAGCAGUGCGUGCCUUCGAGAAGGUGACUUCUUGAACGAGCUAGCAGCCUUGGAGCUGGCUCGAGCGAUAUCUGCCUACCUGGCUUGUCGGUAUCCCUCCCUUUUCCGCGUCGAGCCUCGCGGCUCCGAACGAAGAAACGACGGAUUUGACGUACGCAGCAUCACGAGGAAUGCGCUGCCUGAGUGCGGUCUUGAGGCCAAGACUUGGCUGCUUGAAGACCUUGGCCCUUUCGGAGAAGGAGCAGAUGAGGCUAUGCGAGUUGCAGGAGAGCUCGUGCCGGAUGAUCUGGCCCUCCUGAGAGAGACACCUUUGACAGAUGAAGAAAGAGCAGGAUAUCAGAGCGAGAAAGCCCCGCUAAAUGCUCAUAGACUAAUCGGUGGGUCCAUCUGUACAGCUGGAUUCUGGACCCUGAAGGAUAAGCUUGGUCUGCCCCUCCGCGAAAUUCAUACGAGGGGCGGCGUGCCACAGUACGACGAGAAGCUGCGGGAUCCAAUGGACCGAUUCUUCUCCAAGCUCAGGCCGGACAAACCCAUUGAAAGGAUCGAUAACUUUUUCUUUCAGAUCUGUGACACGGAAGCCAUUCCUGCCCUGCUCUCUGGCGAGCUGAUUCCGGACGUCUUGCCGCCUGACGACAAGAGGUGCGCGCCGAUAUCUGGUCGAACGUCGAGCUCUAUGAGAGCGGAUGAGCUGUGUCGAGAAUUGUACGAUCGGUCGGAACUCAGUUGGAGCCACACCACCAAUGGACCUGAGGAGAUAUUCGAUCAAAUGCUCAAAGGGCCCCGCGCUGCGAGUUCCGAGACGACUGGACGCGUCGACGCCAAGUCAGAUGCAGCUCUGGACUGCAAAGCGAAGGAGGAGGAGGAAGAGGUGGUGGUGGUGGACGCUUUCAAAGGUCCCCAAGUAGCGACGGAUCCAGCAAGCAUCUGCAUGAGAGCAGAGCGGCAAACCUUGCGUCGACUACCUCGUUCUGGAGCCAUCGUCUUCACCAUCCGAACCUACCUCACGCCCAUCACUGAAUUUGCCAAAGAAGCUGGCGUGCCCGGUAGAUUGGCUUCGAGCAUGAGGGAAUGGCCUGAAGCUACGGCCAAGUAUAAAGGGGCAGAGAUGUACAGAGAUCUUGCUUUGCGGUAUUUGGACGAGGCGCAUCGGGAUCAGAUCGACGCUGGCCUGAUACGGGACUGGGAAAUCGAUGCGGCGGCGUUUGAGACGGAACGCGCAAGAGCUGACAAGGCUUUCCCAUUUGCUUGA